AUGUGGGCUGCUGUACUAGGUGAAAUAGAAGCAGGGGAGGAAAAGUCUGACCAGGACUUGACUGAAUGCAUUAAACUAAAUGGGUCUGUCUUUGGUAAAGGAGACCCUGACGUCAGCCACCAGGUUAACUACCAGUGUCCUGCUCAGGGAUGUCACCGUGUAUUUCAACGUGUAAGGGCUUUGAACAAGCAUGCACGGAAAGCCCACCCAUCUGAUGAAAAAGUACAGCAACACAUAAUGGCAUGGAAUAAGGGCAAAUGCCGGUUCUGCCAGAGAAAGUUUACCAAUGGUAGGCAUUUCAUUGACCAUUUAAAGAAACACACUUACCCGAAUGUCUAUUUUUGCCAGCAGCAAAGCUGCAAUAAAAACUUUAAGUUUGUAACUCAGCUUGCAGAGCACCAGUUAAGCCAUGAACCUCUAAUGGUUCAGUGUGGCUUCAUAAACUGCACUGAGGUUUUCGAACAAAUCUCUUCCCUUUAUGAGCACGAAGCUCAGCACUAUGAACAAAAUGGCAGAGAGGUUGGAACCUCUUUAUCAAAUGAAGAGCCAGUAAGUGAUGUUCCUGUACAUAGCACGCCGCAAGCUACUAAAAAAGAACAGACUGUCAGUGAAGAAAUGGUAGACUUACCAGUCCCCAGCUGGAAGUGUAGAAAAGAAGUCCUAGAACCAAAGACCUAUAAACAGACUGAGAAAAAAAUUAACGGGGAAGUGCAAACAACUGAGCAAACUCUGGAAACGAGUUGUAAGGAUUCAGAAAUCAACAGUGGGCAGGAGACAGUUCAGGAAUCAAAGGUUGUUGAGGAACAAAUUCCAAAUGGAUUUAAUGUGCCGGAACAAUCUGUUUCAGAAGCAGAAACACCAGUAACAUUGGACAGCACUGCAGAAACUGAUACGGACAAAACACUGCAUUCAGAUACGACAGAGGACGCUGAGCAAAAAAGCAGUGCAGUUGAAAGUUGUCCUGGUGACUCAAAACCAAAUCAGCCGGCUAAAUCGGCGCCAUAUGGUUCAGGUGGUACACGGCUCUAUAGCAGGCCCUUGCCUCCUAGUUACCUAGACGAACAGUACAUUAGCAUGCCAAAACGUAGAAAAAGUAGCCAGGAUCACAUUAAUGAAAAGCCUUCUGAGUCUAAGACAUCAGUGGAGAGACUGAGAUGCGGGAAGUGCCUAACGAACUACUGUAGCUCAGAAGCACUUGAAGAGCAUCUAGCACAAAAGAAAUGUCAGCUGUAUUUUGGGUUUGACUCAGAUGAUGAAAGUAAGUAG